AUGUCUCAACAACAACUCCAAAGCCUCGAUGAAGCGAUGUCCGGCAUGCAGCUUGGUGAACCUAAGCAAGACCAACAACAUGAUUCUGGACGUAACAAAGAGUCCCGACGCCGUAUCAAUAUAAUCCUUCCACCUCCGCAACAUAAUGGUCAGAUGUACGGUUACUACGUAUCUGAGGAGUGGCUUUAUCAGACGGCUUGUUCCUUCCUCGCUAAAGUACACCCCGAUUUUUCCGAAAGCAAGGCCCGUAGCAACGCCAGAGCAGACCCCACCCAUAGCUUCAGAAAAACCUUCCACAUCCGUUCGCUAUCAACGACUUAUGCAAUUCCACCUCCCGGGCAGAUCAUUCCAGCGGAAUGCAUGGAUGACGGUGCUGUUCGCGUGUUGUACAUCUUCAACGACCAGCCAGAGAGUUAUAAUUACCGCCCUACUCAGAAACAGGUCGAUAAACUGACUAGGUUCAUGGGCAGAGAACCGCAGUGGUGGGUAGGCGUUAUGUCAGUAAAGUUCUACAGAUCGAUGUACCACCUGACGUCAUGGAAGCCUGCAUUGCAACUAAUCCCAGACUCCUCCUACCAAGGAGGCUAUGUUGGACCUGGCAUAUUACUAUCAUGGUGGUUAAGAUUUUACCAAUUGCAAACAGCCGCGAAACUUAGCGCCCGGCACACCACCGCACGGACGAACACUUAUGGAGGAUUCAAUUAGCCAACAAUUCAUCAUGUACGUAUGGUCUAUCUAUAUAUACAAUCCUAGGGCAAAGAUAACAAUAAACGAGAUGUUUCAAGUAUACAUUUAUCGAGCACAGCUGGUACGCAUACAACGCUGCAUUAAAAAAAAGGACAAAGAAUAGUUUUUAACUUCCAAUGCCACUUUGAAUCCAUAAUUAGAAUUAAUUGAAUACCAGCCUACGGAUCGCGGGAGGAAUCCGCGAACUCUACGUCGACCUCGGUGGUAAGGACAUGGAGGCUGGUCUCAGCAAGGGUAGCAAAAAUGCCAGUGUCAACACAUCCGUGCAGGUUGAGCAUUAGGCGAGAGAUGAGAGUGACAGACACGC